AUGGCGAUCUUGGAGGCUUUUCCCACGGCCUCGCCUGCUAGUCAGGCUGUCUUCUUGGGUCUGAGUAAGAAGCAAUGGGCGUUAACGACAUUGACCUUUCAAAACUCUGCCCUCAUUAUUAUCAUGCACUACUCCCGCGUAAUGCCCCCCUCCGGCGACCAUCGUUACUUUACUUCGACCGCUGUCUUCCUCAAUGAAAUCAUCAAGCUUGCCGUUUCUCUCUCUUUAGCUAUAUACGAUACUUCCAAAACCUUGGCCCCUACGACACCAGCGACAGUUCUUUUCGAGCAAAUCUACAAUUCCGUCUUUGCUGGCGAUGGGUGGAAGCUUGCGAUCAUGGCUGCAUUUUACACCCUGCAAAAUAUGCUGCAGUAUGUUGCUGUCGGUAAUUUGGAUGCGGUACACUUCCAAGUGCUGUAUCAGUUGAAGAUCCUCAUCACGGCCCUUUUCAGUGUUGUCCUGCUGCGUCGACACUUGGGACCUAAGCGCUGGCUUGCUCUCAUUAUUCUUACUCUCGGUGUAGGCGUUGUCUCCCUCCCUCAGGCCGACUCAUCACCGAGCUCCUCCAACAUUCCUCUCCGCCACAUGACGGACCAUUUCUUCCCUCGCUCGCUCCACGAGCUGGGCCACGUUCCCACCGACAACAGCCAAACUGGCCAUCUCUCCAAGCGCUCUGCUACCUACCAAGGAAUUGACCAUGAUAUCCCCCCUCCGGACCCUCUCAUGAAUUACUCGGUUGGUCUGGUCUCAGUCUUGGUGGCCGCCACAGUGUCGGGCUUGACUGGCGUGUAUUUCGAGAAGCUCCUCAAAGAGAGUCACACCCAAGCCAGCGUCUGGAUUCGAAAUGUCCAGCUCAGCUUCUACUCCAUCUUUGCCGCGGGACUGGGAGGUGUCAUAUGGCAAGAUGGCGAGGGCAUCAGCGAGCAUGGCUUUUUCGAGGGUUACAACUGGGUCGUGUGGAGUGCGGUUGUGCUGCAAGCAGCUGGAGGCAUGUUGGCAAGCGUGGUAAUUCGCGAUGCUGACAAUAUUGUCAAGAACUUUGCGACAAGCAUCAGCAUCGUCAUCAGCUUCUUGAUCAGCAUCAUGUUGUUUCAAUUCGAGGUGUCACUAACAUUUGUCCUUGGUACAUUCCUCGUACUCCUAUCAACUUGGAUCUACAAUGGAUCUGAUCGCGCUAUUCGACGUCCUCCACCAAUCCAAAUCCAUAGCUUCGAGAAGCCAGCUAUCGAACCUACUCAGACCCCACGUAACCUUGCAGCAAGCCGACUGAGUCUCAACCCUAUGGACAGCCCGAUGGGCCUGACUACAAGCCGUCCAAACACACCACUGCUACCCAGGACGCCCAGCAAAUCUAACUUCAAGAGAGAUGAUUAA